UUCUGGUUUCCUACUUAUGCUGCUAGAAGCCAGAGGUUUUGCUAUAUGGUUUGGUGAAUUCCUUUAGUCCCUUUUACUUAGAGAGUGCCUGGCCAACAAAGUACCUAUACGUCCACUAUGAAUGGCAUGAAGCAUUGAGGAGUCAGCCAGGAGAGCCCUGUUCUGUCCUGCACCUGCAGAGUGACUUGGAAGUGCUGAUGAGCUCAGGGCUGUGAGCAGAGGCUGGGCUUUUGUCCCUUUGCAGAUACUUGGUGGGCACACCCAUGUGUGAUAGGUCAGGCAACAGCAAUUUCAGCUUUGGUUGCUGAGACCAAACUGAGCUGGGCUAGGUCAUGAGGAAAGGUUGCCCAGUCACGUGGAGGGGCCUGCUUUGCUAUGUAAAGUGGCAAAAUAGUCCUGCUGUAUCUGAGUUUCCAUGCAAGCCAUUUUCCAUACUAAGGUGUAGGGAUCUUAAGGACAUCUUACUGCAGAGGCUGCCCCUGUGUGCCAGGAGCAAUUGCUCUUCAUCUUCACGCCUUGUAGGUCAGAGAAGGAGAGCCUGCAAAGCAGCCUGCUGGAGGCUCAGCAGCACUUAUGGGAGCUGGAGAUGGCCAGGAGCCGUGUGGAAGCCCAAGUGCACAGGGCCAGGCAGGCCAAGGAGGCGAUACUGGAGGAUGUGAGGGGCCUUCGUCGUGAGCUGCUGGCUGUAAGAGCUCUCAGCCAGCAGCAAUGUGAAGACAUGGCUGAACAGCUCCGCUGGGCACAAGAGCAGUGCUGCAAGGCUCUGAGACUCUGGCACUCUGCCCAGGAAGAGGAAAAAAGGAAUCUCGUGCAAGAACUGGAGAGACAACUGGAAGAGCAGCAUGUGGAGGCACGGAAGCAGCUGGAGGAACGGGCAAACUUCCUGGCAGAGGUGCUGCAGGAAGAGCAGCGUCAGAAGGCUGCUGUCAUCCACAAGGUGUACCAGCUGCAGAGAGAGCUGAAGCAAAGUGAGCAGCUGAGGCAGAGGCUGAAUGAGCAGUGGCAGAACGGGCAGGUCAUGCUGCAGGCUGAGCUGCAGGAAGCUGAGAGGAAGAUGAGGGCAAUGGAGAAGAGGCACCAAGAGGAAAUGGAAAGGAUGCACAAGGUCCUGCUGCAGUGCAGGCUGGCUGAAGAAAAGCAGGUGAGUGAAAGAGCAGGAGGCACUGCAGUCCUGCAACAAGUGGUCUCUGCCCUUGCUGCCUUUCCCCUGCAGAGCAGCAGUGGAUGGGGGCAAUGUCUCUGA